AUGGCCUCCUCCGAUCUGGACCAGCUCAUUGAGAUGGGCUUUGAUAAGGAAAGAUCCGAAAUUGCAGUGAAGAAGGGCAACGGCAUUCAGGGUGCUCUCGAAUGGCUGGAAGCAAAUCAGGACAAGUCACUGGAGGAGAUUAAAGAAGAGGAGAGCGAGGAGGGCCCUGCACUUCAGCCGGGAGAGGAAGCUCGCAGCUUGGUGUGCAAUGAGUGUGGCAAGAAGUUCCGGAGCCAUGCACAGGCCGAGUUUCACGCGUCUAAAUCCCAACACGUUGACUUCUCCGAAUCAACCGAAGAGCUUGCUCCUUUGACUGAAGACCAAAAGAAGGCAAGGCUCGAGGAGCUUAGACAGAAACUAGCGGAAAAGCGGGCGGGACAGUCAGAGCAGGACAAGAUUGACAAGAAGAGGAAUGAGGAAAUCCGUAGGAAGGCCACCAAGGACUCCCAAGACGUUAAAGAAGAACUCCAGCGAAAGCAAGCGCUGAAAGAAGCUGAACAGAAGAAGAAAGAGAAGCUAGCAGACAUCGAGGCCAAGAAACGCGUCAAGGCUAGGAUUGAAGCUGACAAGGAAGAGCGGCGCCUGCGGGCUGAACGAGAGAGGGCCGAACGUGCCGGUGUAGCACCCCCUGCUCAGCCUGCACCAGCCCCGGCGGCCACCACGUCUGGACCCGUUGCCUCGAAGCCCGCUUCGGCCUAUACGGAAACCCGCCUGAGAUUCCAGACAUCGAAGGGAAAUAUCAUGAAGACUCUCCCAGUGACUACCACGCUCUUUGAGAUCGCUGCAGCUCUGCAGCGGGAGGAUGGAAUAGAAGUACACAGCUUUGCGCAGAACUUUCCCCGGAAGGUCUUCGAUGCGGAGUAUUUCGGCGAGUCCCUGAAGGACCUGGGCCUGAUCCCUAGCGCAAGUCUUGUUGUCCAGUGA